AUGGCUCGUGCCGGUUACUUCUUCUCCGCGAUCAUCGCCCUGCUGCUGUUCAUGGUCACCAACAACCUGGCUCAAGCGCUAGAUUCCUCUGCCUUUGAGGCCUCGCUGGAUGCCGCUGAGGAAGCUGUGGCGUCAGCAAUGCGAGCCGCACGGGCCCGAGCGGGACACGUCGACCGCCCCGUAGGCACGUCGGCGUAUCAGGUACCCGUUACUGCCUCUGAAGCUGCUACCAACGGCGACCCUGGUGAAGGACUCCACGACGGCAAGAUGGCAACGGCCGAUGGCAGCGGCACCGCGAAAUAUGACGCCCCCAGAAGCGUGGACGUCGCGGGGACCCUCUUGGAUGACACGCCACCUGUCCCGGGAGAGGUCUUACCGGCAUCUUCAGUUGCAUGCGACAGCGUCACGCCAGAGAACACUGUCCGAGACGAGCCCAUCGUCCAGGCGCCCGCACCAAGCGCGCCUACGGGUGUCGAAACCGAGAAGAUCCGUGACCUCGAUGGCAUUUCGGGGGACCUGGCGCCCGCGCUCGCAUCACCACCAGUUGCGUUUCUGGACGCCUUGGCUGCAGCUGAAGACGCUGCCGCGUCAGCACGACGCCCGCUGGUCCAAGAUGUACGUAAUCUGGUGGACCAGGUGCCCGUUACUGCCGCUGGUGCUGCUACCAACGGCGACCCUGGUGAAGGGCUUGACGAGGGCAGAAUGGCAACGGCCGAAAACCACCACAGCGCGAAAUACGACGCCCCUUGGAGUGUGGACUUCCCGAGGCUCGGUGGAUCGACUACCUUGUGCUCCGAGGAUGAUGGCCAGGACGUCAGUGACUUGCUCGUCGUGAAGUCUCCUGGCAGCGAUCAACGUGACGUGCUGGCGGCCGCUUCCGCACAGACCGCCCCGUUUGUCGAUGGCAACGGCGACAGCCCGAACCUACCGGUCGUGCUACCACCACACGCGGCCGCUGAGAAGGGCCCUGAACAAGACGACGGGCCAGAAGGCACAGAAGUGGAGUCACAGCGCCUCCCCAACCAGGACGAAUCAUCUACCGAGGGAGAUCAUCCCGAAGAAGAGGCCAUGACGAACGGACUCUCUCGCCCGUCCUCCUCAAGCCGGAUCGGAGCGCGCCAUGUUGCAACCCAUGACGAGCCUCAGAUUUGUGGCGAUUCAGCGCCUGGAGCACCCGCUUCGGCUGCCUCGGACAUGUUGUCCUGGGUGGAAUACAAGCACCUUGGCAUUGCUGUGGUCGGGUUGUUGCUGUUGGUUCUUACCGUCAAGAGCAUGGUCGAGAUGAAGGUGGUUGCUGUGGCCAUGCUGGCGAUGUCGCUGGCUCGUGGUCGGGUGCCGCACGGGCGCGCGGCGGAGCCAAGGCGCCGGCACCCCUCCCGCGUGGGGCGAGUGGUGCUUGUGGUGAAGAUCGCCAUGGUGGAUGGCCCGAGGGCGUUGGUGUCGUGGGUGUCAGAUCGUGAUUGGGUGAGGUCAACUUCCUCUUGGACGGGGGGCAUCUGCACGUACGUCGCAUUGGCGGCGUUCGGAAUGUUGCGGUCAGACGUCACAAGCAGGAUCAAGAACUGGGUGGCUUCGGUGCUUACCGGGGGGUUCUCGGUUGUUCGGAACCAAGUGUCACGAGCACGGGCGGUGGACUUACUGACCUGGCUCUCUAUCGUCGAGGAGACGUGGAUGUCUCUUUCGGUGGUGAUCCUGGCGGCCACGUCGAAGAUCACGCCGAUAGAUGAGUCCAGCCCGUACAUGAAAGUGAUGUCAAAAUCUGAUAUGGCUAAGUGGAAUGCUUGGUGGUACGACUACCGCUGGGUGGUUGUGGGCAUGUUGAUGCCGCUCUUUCUCGGCGUCAUGAGGAUGGUCACGAACGACAUCAUUUCUAUGACGAUGCUGGCGAUGUGCCGAGUUCGGGGUCGGUUGCCGCAAGGACGCGCGGCGACGCCGUAUCACUGGCACACCCUCCGCCCGGCGGUGGUGGCAGUUGUGGCGAAGAUCGUUGUAGUCGAUGGCCUGGGGGGGCUGGUGUGGUGGGUGUCAGAGCAAGUUGCGGCGAACUUUGUGUCUGGCUGGAGGGAGGUCUUAUGCUGGUCGGUCGUGCUGGGUUCCGGGGCCUACAUGCGCUCGUAUACUCUUGACGUCAUAAGCAGCAUCACGAACGGAAUGGUUGCCGUGGGUACGUGGGUAUACUCGACCGUUUUCCACCAGAGGUCGCCUGGGCGCGGGGCGGAGUCACCGCGUUGGCACCCCUUCCGCGCGGCGACGGCCAUGUUCACUGCAGGGUUGGUUGCGAUGGUCGUUGACCGUAUCGCUGAGACGGGUGGAUGGAGCGCAUCAGUGGUGUGGGCGUCACGCGGGGUCACCGUGUUUCGGAGUCGUCUGCCACUCACGUUUCAGCUGGUAUCAGUCUCGUGGAAGACCUUGGGGGUUGCUGCGACUGCAGCGGCAUUGAUGGCCUGGGUGAUGGUGGUGUACGUGGCGGCAGCUGGGCUUUUCUUCGUAUGCACCAACCGCAUGACAUUUCCGAUUCGAAUUCUUGUCUGGAUCUUCGAGCUCUACGACAAGUGGGGAGAACCCAACACCGUUCAGCUGGCUCUUCGCGUGGGGUUGCACCGCAACGUGCUGUGCCAUGCGCACGGUACCGACGCAAGCCUGAAGGCCGCGCUCUUCUCGGUACUCUCUCGACUUGAACCUGGCGACAACUACACGCAGGUUUUGGUCGUCGCGCGGAGUUUUCAAGACGAGUGUGAUCUCUCUGUGCUUUUCCACAAGUUCGCCGCGCUUACCGACACACCCAUGACGGUUUCCAUGGCGCUCCAUUCCGACUGGCAAGAAGAGGUGCGAGCGCAGGUGGUCAUCGGCACUGCCUCGACCCUGUCCAUCCUUCUGGACAGAGGCGUCCUCGACCCGUCCAACGUGACAGCUUUUGCGGUUGACCUCGGCAAUGACGACUCGUCGCUCCAAGAGGAACGCUACUCGUCAGCGAGGGCCCUCUUCUCAGUGUGGGCCUUCACGGCUCUCUGCUACGCAGGAUACUGGGUGCUGCCCCUGGCCUUCCCUUCCUUCACCUCCUCCGCCACCGCCUUCCUCUGGGAACUCUUCGCUGCACUCGGUCGCGUCACGGUGUCGACGGCGGGGCUCGUCGCCACCCUUUUGUGUGGGCUGUCUGCCUUGCUCGUCCACGCGACGACCAUCAUCCUGGCGCUUCCCUCCUUCACUGCCGGUCUCCUGGCGGCGACCGUGGGGCUCGUGGGCAACCUUCUGCGUGGGCUGUUUACCUCGCUUGUUCAUCCGUCGACCGUCAUCCGGGUGUUCUCCUCCUUCGUUGGCGGCCUCCCGGCGGCAACGGCGGGGCUCUUUGCCACCCUUUGGUGUGGGCUGUCUGCCGUGGUCAUUCACGUGAUGACUAUCAUCCGGGUGCUUUCCCCUUACGCCGGCGGUCUCGCGGCGGCGACGGCGGAGGUGGUGGUGAUCCUGUCCCAAGCGCUGUCCGCCGUGGUUGUUCCAGCCACUGCCACCGUGAUCCGUGGGCUGUCCGUCUGUGCCUGUGGCCUCGUGGGGUUGCUGAGGAUCGUCGUCAGCCUGUGGUCGGAGCUGGCCAUCACCACCAUGGCCGGCAGACUGCUGUGGAUCCUGGGGCGGCAAGAGCAGAUACUUUCGACACCGGCCACAGCGACCUUGGCUGUAGCUUCUCCCCGGGCGGCAAGCGACGCCACCAACGCCACCAACGCCUGUGUGCCGAAGGAAAAGGUGGACGGGAGUGCGGCAAGCGACGCCACCGACGCCUGUGUGCCGAAGGGAAAGGUGGACGGGAGUGCGGCAAGCGACGCCACCGACGCCUGUGUGCCGAUGGGAAAGGUGGACGGGAGUGCGGCAAGCGACAUCACCGACGCCUGUGUGCCGAAGGGAAAGGUGGACGGGAGUGCGGCAAGCGACAUCACCAACGCCUGUGUGCCGAUGGGAAAGGUGGACGGGAGUGCGGCAAGCGACAUCACCCACGCCUGUGUGCCGAUGGAAAAGGUGGACGGGAGUGCGUCAAGCGACAUCACCAACGCCUGUGUGCGGAUGGAAAAGGUGGACGGGAGUGCGUCAAGCGACCUCACCAACGCCUAUGUGCCGAUGGGAAAGGUGGACGGGAGUGCGGCAAGCGACAUCACCAACGCCUGUGUGCCUAAGGGAAAGGUGGACGGGCGUGCGGCAAGCAACAUCACCAACGCCUGUGUGCCGAUGGGAGAGGUGGACGGGAGUGCGGCAAGCGACGCCACUGACGCCUGUGUGCCGAAGGGAAAGGUGGACGGGAGUGCGGCAAGCGACACCAACGCCUGUCUGCUGAAGGGAAAGGUGGACGGGAGUGCGUCAAGCGACAUCACCAACGCCUGUCUGCUGAAGGGAAAGGUGGACGGGAGUGCGGCAAGCGACGCCACCAACGCCUGUGUGCCGAUGGGAGAGGUGGACGGGAGCGCGGCAAGCGACGCCACCAACGCCUGUGUGCCGAUGGGAAAGGUGGACGGGAGUGCGGCAAGCGACACCAACGCCUGUCUGCUGAAGGGAAAGGUGGACGGGAGUGGAGCACCGGCCAGUGGCUCAGCUCUGCCAGGCCCUGGAAGCGCCUUCCUCGCCGAGAAUUCGCCCCCUCCUCUCCUGCAAUGUGCGCCCCCAUCGGCCCCACAACCGAGCGUCAAGCCGCAGGGGAGGGUGAAAACCAGCAGCACCCAGACUGCCCCGAAUGUGUGCGUCUGCCUGGAUGUGGUCGCACAGCCGAUCUCCAAGCCGCAGUGGAGCCUCGCCGCCAGUAGCACGCAGACACCAACCGCUCCCUGGGUAUCGGCUCGCGUGCCCAGGGGAAUCACCAACGGCAGCGAGACCGUUUGCUACAACCGGUGCUUCUUAAACUCGGUUGUACAACUGCUGAGGGCCUCCCCCCGCCUCGUGAGCCUGCUGCUGCGAGAGGCGAAGGUUGGGCCUGCCGCACGACUGCUGGAGGGAGGACGCUUGUGGAGCGACCCCGCCCCUCGAACGUUGGAGGAGCUCCAAAACGACCUCCUCUACCAGCUGGCAAUGGUUCUGAAGGGAGUCAAAUUGAGGCGACAAGAGGAUGCCGUCGAGACACUCCAGGUGUUCGUCGAGGCGAUAUUCUCCGUCUUCGAGCCGGAGGAGAUCUCCUUCAUGGACUGUGGUGACUUCGUCCACGCCGGCUGCCACAACGACGGCUGCAACCCCAUCGUCCAGCUGCGAUUCCCAGGGGUUCUGCCCGUGGAGCCCUUGAAGGUGGACUACACCAGCGCGAGAGAUGUCGCAGAGCUGGAGGAAGACUUCGGGGAGCUUAUGCAGGGGGUGAAGGACAGCGGCAAGACCGAGCUCUCCUUCCUGCUGAACAACAUCGAGGACUGGGAAGGUUGCGCUAGCCACGCCUGCCCUGCGUUCUACCACACGGAGGAGAAGAAGACGCUCCAGCUCGGGACUUCGCCGCAGUCGCUCUUGGUCCCGAUAUUUCGGAACGUGACUGGGUCCAAGAUCACCAGGGACGUGACAUUCCCCCUGGACGACUUGGAGCUGAUCACAACCGAAGCCCACGGCACGCCAACAACGACGCACUACAUGGCGGUCGCCGUCAUGCAGCACUGGGGUCCCCACUGCACCAGCGGCCACAACGUGACCCUCGUGCGGAAGGACUCGAAUGCAGGGUCCGAGUGGUGGCUGUGUAACGACGAGGACAUCCUCUCGGUCUCGUCCGCUUGUGUCGCUCGGAACGCCGUGGCGGUCUUGUACCGCCGGGUGCCAGAUUCCUAG